AAUAACGCUGCCAAUUUUUCCCAAUUGGUUUAUUAAAAAGAAGAAAAGGAAGAUUUUAAUUUUCACAAAAAUUAUUGAAUUUAUCAAACUGUUCUAGGUUUAUUUUUUGAAGAAACAAAUUAACAAGCCGAAAAUAACUUUCAAGUUUGAAAAUGUCGCAGUUGUUUAAAUUGACUACCAAAGGUUUCCAUCCCCAAAUAUUGAAGAAUGGAGGAAACCAAUUUGUAAGAUGUUUAAGGCAUGUAACAAUUCAGAGUUCCGAAUAUAUUCCUCCUAAGGAAGAGAGUCAUGAUGAAAGAAAUCUGAGAUUGAAAAGACCACAAUCACCCCAUUUAACAAUCUAUCGCCCUCAAUUGACUUCUAUGCUCUCCAUCACACAUAGAGCUACAGGCAUGGCUUUAGCUACCUACACCAUUGCCUUUGGAUUAGCUGCUGUUUCUCUGGAAUGCCCUAUUGAACAUUACAUAGAGCAACUUCACUGUGCAAAAAUUGGAGCUGGCUCCAUUUUCACACUGAAAUUUUUGCUUGCAUUUCCUAUAACAUACCACUUCUGGAAUGGGAUUCGCCAUUUGUUAUGGGACACUGGAAAAUUCUUGUCCAUAAAGGAGGUGUAUGCAACAGGUUAUGCAAUGCUCGCAAUUGCCACUGCAUCUGCAAUUGUUCUAUCUGCUUGUUAAGCAAUAUUAUUCUUUGUUCUAAAUUAUAUGUUAAAACUUUUCUCCCUUACCCCUCUAUUCGUUUCACUUUUGAACUUAUUAAGUGCUACGGCGACACUCUAA